UUUUAAACAUCUGAUAGGUGUUUGGGGUUCCAGCCUGGAGAUUUCUGCAACUUCUAAAGUAGGCUAUUUUCUGCUUUUACAUCAAUUCUAGAUGGUGACUUCUGCAUAAGAUGCUUGUCGUUGUUCUCUUUGGCUUGUCUUUGAUGCCAUGGUAUCCCUGGGUAACCGCACAAGAGAAAGUGAACAAUCGAGUUAGCCGAGCUGUGACCCCUGAGCCAGUUGCCUGUCAGCUGAGCAACUGGUCAGAAUGGACAGAUUGUUUUCCAUGUCAGGACACGAAGUACCGACACCGGAGCCUCUUGCAACCGAGCAAGUUUGGGGGAGCCAUCUGCAGUGGUGACAUCUGGGAUGAGGCCAGCUGUAACAGCCCCACACCUUGUCUGAGGCAAGCACAGUGUGGACAGGAUUUCCAGUGCAGAGAGACAGGUCGCUGCCUGAAACGCCACCUGGUGUGUAACGGAGACAAUGACUGCCUCGAUGGCUCUGAUGAGGACAACUGUGAGGAUGCCAUGAUCACGGAGGACGACUGCCGUCAGUAUGAACCAAUCCCAGGAUCAGAAAGGGCAGCCUUGGGGUACAAUAUCCUGACUCAGGAAGAAGCCCUGAGUGUGUACGAUGCCAGGUAUUAUGGAGGCCAGUGUGAGACUGUGUAUAACGGCGAGUGGAGGAAGCUCCAGUAUGACCCCGUCUGUGAGCGCCUCUACUAUGGGGAUGAUGAGAAAUACUUUCGGAAACCCUACAACUUCCUUAAGUACCACUUUGAAGGCCUGGCAGAUACUUUAAUCUCCUCCGAGUUUUAUGAUGAUUCCAAUGAGCUCUUUUCUAAAAUAAAAAAUAGUAAGACACUGUCAGGUGGCAUAACUUUCGGCAUAGGCCCCCCAAAAGUUCCUGUGACGCUGGCGCUGAAUGUAUCCGGGUCCCGUAUAUCUUCACUCAUGAACCAGUUAAGCAAGUAUAAUGAAAAGAGAUUCAGCUUCAUGAGAGUGUCUACGAAGGUACAGACGGCACAUUUUAAGAUGAGGAGACACAAUAUUGUGCUGGAUGAAGGGAUGCUGCAGUCGCUAAUGGAGCUCCCAGAGCAGUUCAACUACGGAAUGUACGCCAAGUUCAUCAACGACUACGGCACCCACUACAUCACCUCUGGAACCAUGGGUGGCGUUUACGAAUACAUCCUGGUGCUUAACAAGGAGAAAAUGGCAGCUGCUCGUGUGACUGCGAAAGACAUCGGAUAUUGCAUCGGAGGUUCCUUGGGCCUGGAGUUUGGGGACCAUUUCACCGUUGAUGGAGGGUUAUCAGGACAAACCUGUGAGAAAUCUGGAGCUGCUAACACUGAUAAAAAGAAUAAGAACUCGGCAGUAGAGGACAUCAUUUCUCUGGUGCGAGGUGGCAGUUCUGACUGGGGCAGUGUCUUGACAGAAGAUAGGAGUAUCAUUACGUACCGGUCCUGGGGGAGAUCAUUAAAGUAUAACCCUGUUGUUAUCGAUUUUGAGAUGCAGCCCAUCCACGAGCUCCUGCGGCACACAAACCUGGGGCCUCUGGAGACCAAGCGGCAGAACCUGCGCCGGGCCUUGGACCAGUAUCUGAUGGAAUUCAAUGCCUGCCACUGUGGGCCCUGCUUCAACAAUGGGGAGGCCAUACUCGAGGGCACGAGCUGCAAGUGUCAGUGCAGCCGGGGCCGGCAAGGCGCUGCCUGUGAGAAGAUGGGGCUGGAGGGAGUCAAAGCAGAUGGCCGCUGGAGCUGCUGGAGCUCCUGGUCAGAAUGCAGAGCCGGUACCCAGGAAAGGAGGAGACAGUGCAACAACCCUGCACCCCAGAAUGGAGGUGCCCCAUGCCCAGGGAAGAGCACACAGACCCGGGCCUGCUGAGUACCUCUGGAUGCAGCCUGGGAAGACAGCGAAUUACUGUUCCAAAGGAAUGCAAGGCAACAAAGACCAUCUUCUUCAUAUACUCAUACAUCUUUUUCUCGUCUGAACCUCAUGAUUCUCAGCCUCUACCAAUUAACUGGUUUCCAAGCUGCCUUUCUGUUUCAGGGGGGUUGUCACCCCCAUACUUCUCAGAGCCACCUUUCUAUCUUACUAGAUAAGCCAGCUGUGGUUUAGACACAUCAGAAAAUUGUUCCUCAUGUUUCUGGGGGGGGGGCAUAAGCUGCAAGAUCAAGGUUCCAUCAGGUCUAGGGUCUCAGGAGGCUGUGCUCCACUUUAUAUAUGCCCCUUUGUUGUGUGCUCACAUGGUGGAGAGCUGGGGAGUCUCUGGGACCUCCCUAAAGGGCUUUACUAGUCCUGGUCAUGAGAACUUUGCCUUCAUGACUCAGUCACCCCUCAAAGUUCAGCCUCCUCAUGCCACACCAGGUAGAGGAUUUCCAGGAGGGAUUUAGAGAGACUCCAACAUCAUUCAGACCCCACCACCUCUCCCAUGACCCUCUAAUCUGUCUUCUCCCCAGAAGCAAUCCUAUCCAGAGGCAGAAACUGGGCUGGUUUCAUUUGGCACAGUAUCUUCAGAUGCUAAGUCUGUGCACUGCAGGUCACAGGGGUCCAGUCAGCAGCAGUCACUGGGACGAGUGAGCAGACCAGUUUACGGUGAGGUCUGCACUGGGCAACCUCCCAGAGCUGUGGGGGGGGGGGGGACUUGGAAGGGUCAUUCCGUGAAGUCCCUGCCCUUCCCGAGAAGAACCCAUCCCACCAGCCAGCCUGCUGUUCCCAUGCACCUGUGUUCAACACCACUGCCAGCUGCAUUAGUUCAGGUUUCUACUGCUGUGAUAAAACACCGUGGGCAAUAGCAACUUGGGGGAAAAAGGGAUGAUUUCAUCUUACAUGUCCCAAUCACAAUCCAUCAUAAAGGCAACUUAGGGCAGGAAGGCUGAAGCAGAGACCAUGGAGGUAUGCUGCUCACUGACUUCCUCCUCAUGCCUUGCUCAGCCUGUCUUCUUAAACCACCCAGGACCACCUGCCCAGGGAUGGCAAUCCCUGCGAUGAACCACCCCCCCCCCCCCCCAUCAAUCA